GUCUUUCACUGUUUCACUUGAGGCGUCCGUAAAAACUGACUAUUUUUUGUGAGUGGCGGCUUUCAGGGUUGGCAGAACUCCGGCGAUCUCUUUAAACCACGAAUCGAUAUCAAGAGUCAAAUUACUCAAAUAUCGAUAUUUUGGCUUCGAUAGAUACUUUUCUUUUUCAUUUUCGUUCUUCACAGUUUCCACUUCCAUAAAUUCUUGCAUAUUUGCACCAAUUGAAUGUGAAGUGUAAAGUACAUAAUUAUUUAAGUAUGAUAGUAAAUCAGUCUUUUUCCAGUUAAUAAUUACAUUUGAAAUCAAUAUUUUCAAUUUUAACAGAAAAAAACACAAUGAGUGACCAAAUAAGUAAACGUGAAAUCAUUGGAGCUAUUUUGAGGUUAUCGUUAUUGGCUGCAAUAUCUUACUUUUCAGCAAAAUUUCUCAUCAAACGACUAGAUCCUACGAGAGAUCACAAGAAAGAUGCAAAAAAGAGGGCUGCAGAGCAAUUCAGAAGACUUGGAAUAAAGGAUGUAGAUUUGACAGAUUACGAAAUGGUAAUUGCCAGUCAUUUAGUCGACCCUGCUGACAUUCCUGUUUCGUGGAACAACAUCGCUGGAUUGGAGAACGUUAUCGAGGAACUCAAAGAAACUGUCAUUCUGCCAAUCCAACGCAAAGACUUGUUCUCAGAUUCAAGACUCACACAUGCACCCAAAGGUGUUCUGAUGCAUGGUCCACCCGGCUGUGGCAAAACAUUGAUUGCCAAAGCUACCGCCAAGGAAGCUGGCACCCGAUUUAUUAACUUGGACGUUUCCAUUCUGACCGACAAAUGGUAUGGAGAGAGUCAGAAACUGGCUUCGGCCGUUUUCUCGCUUGCAGUCAAAAUCCAGCCGUGCAUCAUAUUCAUUGAUGAAAUUGACUCGUUUCUGCGCAACCGGAACUCGCACGACCACGAGGCGACGGCGAUGAUGAAGGCGCAGUUCAUGGCGCUGUGGGACGGCCUCAACACCGAUGCCAGCUGCACCGUCAUCGUCAUGGGAGCCACCAACCGCCCACACGACCUCGACCGCGCCAUCCUUCGCCGCAUGCCCGCCACCUUUCACAUCAGCCUUCCCAAUGAAGUGCAAAGGAAGCAGAUAUUGGAACUGAUCUUGAAAAGCGAGCCGAUCGCCGAAGAUGUGAAUCUUGUGAGACUGGCUCAGAUGACCGAUGGCUUCUCAGGGUCCGACUUGAGGGAGUUGUGCCGAAACGCAUCCAUGUACAGAGUCCGCGACUUCAUGCGCUCAUCAAACAACACUUCCAACAAAGAAGCUUCAUCUGCUGCGUCUUCAUCCGGAUCCGGAACCAGUGCUGCACACAAUAAUGCAUCUGGAGACUCUUCUGAUGGUGAAUUCCAUGACUCUCUCAGGCCGAUCACGAUGGCAGAUCUAUCGAUUUCUUUCUCCAAAAUGAGGGAGUCGAAAGUUCACUGUGGAAAUAUUCCAAUAGAUUAGGCCUCCGUUGUUGAAAAGUCAUAGCUUGUCUUGAGUAUUCACUUGAUUGUGAUAGUGUUCUUUGUUCUUAACGUGUUAUACGAAUUACAGUAGUUAUUUAAUUAAUAAGCACAAAAUAGACGAUCAGGUGAAGCAUAUUUUCCUUCUCUGACCCCAUGUAUAACGGACUACUUAUUCAAAUCUCAUUUAUCAAUGAAUCAUUUAAUCUAUCAAGAAUAGUUUUUCCUUGUUGGGGAUUGUACCAUUUACCAAGUAAAUGAUGAGUUGAAAUAUUACAUAGAAUAUUUAUUAUGCAUUUCAUUACUAUAAAUCAACGUGAUGAAUGUAACAAUAAAGUCUAGUUGAAAACGUUAUUUGAUGUUUCCUAUGCAGGGGAUUUUCCCAGCGAUAGAUAUUAUACUCUAAUAGUGAAGUACACUAUGCCGUUGAUGAGUAAGCAUUAAUGAUCUCAAUAGAGAUCAUCUUAGAUUAAAUAAUAUAAAUAAUAUCUUUGUAUAUGUGGUUAAUAAUUGUGAAUGAUUGAAUGAUAUCGUGGACAGUUUAUUUUAUUUAAUCAAAAAUAAUAACAGGUUAAUUACGAACAAUCGUAAUCAUAUGCUCAUUAUUAAUAAGCUUUGUUGUAAAUUCUGUAUAGUUUCCGGUCUCUAUUGUUUACGCAAUGCAAUUUAAUUUAAUUUUGCGAUGAAUAAAGAUUUGAUGAAGUCAGAAAACUCA